AUGGUGGAGGUCCUCGAGCAGUGGCUGCAGAGCCCGCUGGGCGCGUCGCUGUGCUGCCGCUCCAGCGGGAGCGUGCCCAUCAUCGACGCGAUCAGCAUGUGCGCGGAGCUGUGCGAGCUUUCUGGAGGCUCCAUCGCGAGGCUGGCGGGCGCCGUCGGAGCGUGCCCGCCAGACGGCCCCGUCGCUGUGGACGCGGCGGGCCAGGCGGUGCGGCUCCGGUCCGUGUCCGAGCGCGUCCGGGCGGCGGCGGAGGGCCACGUCCUCGGGGCGCCGGGCGGCGGCGUGAGUCUCCUCGACCUGCUGGAGGCGGACUCUCUCGCCUCGGUUUUCCGCGGCGUGCCUGAGGCCACAGAGCGGCUGGAGGCGCAGGAGAACAGCAGCGGCCCGGCGGCGCACGCCCUCGGCGACGCCGAGCUCCGGGAGCCUGGCGCCGACGGCAGCGCGUCGACGCCGGAGAGCGCGUUCCGGACGCCCUCGCCCGGCAGCGAGCCAGAGACGUCGGGCUCGCCUUGCGCGCCGGGCGGCGCGCAGAGCUGCGGCGCCUCGCCCACGGGCCGCGGGGGCGCGGAGGCGGCCGCGGGAGGCCCGCCGCAGCUCGAGCACGCGCCCUGCUGGUCGGGGGCCGAUGGCCAGCAGCUCGCGCCGAUGUGCGGCGGCGUCGGCGGCCAGUGGCUCUGGUGCCCCCUGGUGCUCCCGGUUGAGGGCUCCCCUCAUGCCGCCGCCGCCGCCCUGCUGACGGGCGCUGCCGGCGCCCAGGACAUGCCCUUCGCAGGCGCGUCAGGGGAGGCUGGCGCCGCGGGCCCCACCCCGGGCGGCGACGACGUCUUCCCCCCAGGGUUUCCGGCGCAGCUCAGCCCUCGCCACGACGGCAGCGACGCGGAGGCCCUGGAGGCCAGCAGCCACAGCAACUCCUGCGGCCCCGACGACGAGCCCCGGGCAGCAGCCCUGCCGCACGGCGCGGGCGAUGGCGCGCCCGCCGCCCACUUUCGCCAGGGCCUCGGUGCCUCCUCGGAGCCGCCGUCCCUCCUCGGCCCAGCCUCGUUCGCCAGCGUCCCUGGCGAGGGUCAGUGGGUCUGGUUCCCUGCUGCUGGCGCAGACGCCUUCGAUCCCGCGUGGGGCUGGGAGGGCGACCAGUGGCCCGAGGCCAGCCCAGGGAAGCUCAAAGCCAGGUCCAAGCCAUGGUUCCCCAGUCGCCACGCCUGGGUCGUCAACGCGGCGCUGAAGACUUUGGAGAACCCGCCCUCCCAGCUGGCCGACAAGAUGGGACCAGAUGGGUCUGUGUCCAUCGGCGCCCUAUUCGCGGCGGACCCGCGGCUGGCGGAGUGGUGCUGGCAGAACCCGGCGCAGCUGGUCAGCGCGAUCAAGAAGACGCCCGAGUGCCACCAGUUCAUGACCGCCGACAAGGACAGGGCGACCGUCCGCGCGCUGCCGCUGGCGGAGCGCGUCCGCGUCCUGUGCGAGGACUACAUGCUUGAGCGGCAGCGGCACGUGGCUGGUCCCGCGCCCGUCUCGGAGCUGCUCCAGCACCCGCCAGUGCAGAGCCAUGUGGCGAGGAUGGGGGCGGGCGCCGCCGCCUCGUCGGACAGCGAGUACACCAACACCUCCUUGCUCGUCGUGCAGGCGCUGGCGGAGUCGGCGUUGCUGGAGCUCCUGGCGGAGGAGUCCGGCGAGCACUCCGUGGUGCUGCUGCCCCCUUCGGAGCCGCUGCGCACGGUGGUUAGGCCCCUCCUCGAGGGCGACGCGAAGCUAGUCUCUCUGCUGCGGAGCGAGGGCGAGCUCUCCCUGACGUAUCUGGCCGAGCAUCCCGCCGUUCGGAGGAUGUUGGAUCGCCUGCAGGUGUCCGACAAGCACUCCAUCCUGUCGUCCCUGCGGGCGGCCGUGGAGAGCAGCUGGAGGGCGUGGAGUUUGACGCGUCCGGGAUGA